AUGGGUGUUUCAGGUCUACUUCCUGCACUCAAGUCUAUUCAGACACCUAUUUCGCUAGAAAAAUACAAAGGGAAGCGUCUUGCCAUAGACACGUACGCGUGGCUUCACAAGGGUAUCUUUUCCUGCUCUCUACAGCUUGUUCUGGGCCACCCUACAAGGGCAUACAUCGACUAUGUUCUUCGAAAAGUGAGAAUGCUUAGACAUUUCCAAAUUGAGCCCUAUCUUGUUUUUGACGGAGACCACCUCCCAUCCAAGGCAGGAACCGAGGAGGAGAGACGCAGGAGGCGCCAAACUUACAAGCAGAGGGCAAUUGAUGCCCUGGAAAGGCACGAUCGGAGAGAGGCGAUGGGAUUUUGCCAAAAAGCGUGCGAUAUCACACCAGAAAUGGCCAAGAGCUUGAUAGAGGAGCUCAAAAGAUGCAAGAUAAAGUACGUUGUUGCACCAUACGAGGCGGAUUCACAGAUGGUUUACUUGGAGAAAAGUGGGUUGGUCGAUGGAAUCAUAAGUGAAGAUUCCGAUCUUCUUGUUUUUGGCUGCCAAACUUUGCUCACAAAGAUGGACGAUUACGGAAGCUGCAUGGAGAUCCUUCGCGCCAACUUUAACAAAUGCAGAAACAACGCCAUCUCGAGGCUGAAUCAGUACGAGAUCCAGCUCACUGCAAUAAUUAGCGGCUGUGAUUACACAAAGGGAAUUCCGGGACUUGGUGUUUUAAAAGCUGCCACUCUCGUGAGCAGGUUUCGCAGCUUCAAGCGCGUUAUUAUGGCACUUCGCUUUGAUGGCAAGGUUGAUGUUCCGUCGACUUUUGAGGCCGACUACAAACGGGCUUCCAUUGCAUUCAGAUACCCAAUCGUGUUCGAUCCAGUGAAAAAGCUGCCUGUUCAUUUGAAUCCCGUCCCGGAUGAUGUCAAGGAACCCAAGUCGUACAUUUUAUCAUGCACAGGGAACAUUCUAGACGUCGAAUUACACCAAAGAAUUGCAUCUGGAGACCUGAAUCCAUUUACAAAAGAGUUAUUGGUUCCCAGAGAGCGUAGUUUGAGGCCUGCAUGCGAUACAAUGAAGAAAUCUGCCAGUUUCACCGGUCGUCAGGCAAGUACUCUGGACAGAUUUUGUGCACACAGGUGUAAAUCUAUGCCGGCUGUGCCAGAAAAGAAGCUCGAGGCUGAUAUCGACCGAUUAUACUCUCCGAGAACAAAGAGAGACAAAGCUCUGCUUACCAUAGACAACUUCUUUAAACGGAUGAAGGAUUCCGGAAGCCAAUCAAGCCCAAUAAAGCACCAAAAGCUGGAAACGACUUUUAAAAGAAAGCUGCAGGACGAGGAAGAAUCAUCGCCACUUGCCAAAAGAGCACGCAUCAUCAAUGCUGGAAGCAGUAAGAACUCGUGUUCAGGGAUGGUGAGCAAGUUUUUUGCCAAGAAAGAAGUGGAACAAGCAAAAGUGGAAAAAGUAGCAGAAGAAAGUGAAGAUGAGCAAAUAGAGGACGAAAGCUUUUUGAAUGCGAAUUCAAGCGAGUUCAUCGUCUCGGAUCUAGAAGAUGAUGACAUUAACGAAGAUGCAGCCAAGAAAAAUGCCAUCAAACCAGAAGUGGCUACUGCAAAUACAAAAUUUCCACCGAACACAAAUCUGGUAAAGGGGCCUGCUAAUAAGGAGAACAGAUCAAAUAACCCACCAAAAACAGGAAAGGUGUCAAAGCUGAUCCAAAGCUUUAGCUAUAGCACCAUGUCAAAUAAACCGUUUCGCAAACCGUUACAAGAUAUAACUAACGUACAGAAAAGCAAGCCGAAUAAAGCAUACAAGCUGGAUUUAAAGGAAAGGGAACCCAAGACAGGAAUCCGCAGUUUAAGGUCGUUUAGAUUUAUAGGAUCGGCAUAA